AUGGAGAAACUAACGCCUCUGAUUUCUCGAACGGAGCCAUGGGAACACACCAAACGAAAAAGAACACACACGACACCUGACCCUUCAGGUACAAGUCGAGUCUUUGACCGAAGAAAACAAUGCUGGAGGGUCUUCACCAGCGGCCUUUGGCAGGUCACCUUGACCGCGGCAUUCUGCGCUGCUUUGAUGGGUGUUUACUAUUAUUACUCGAAACAAGCGAAGCUUUCCGACGGCCAGCUCAGGAACUACAACGCCAUUAAUAUUGGCCUGUCGCUUUUCCUUGGUGCUCAACUUGCAUCUGCUUUCAAGGGCUUUGCACAAAACAUUAGAUGGCAAUUGCUUUCUUCAAGAUUUCUUGAAUUGAAACAAUUUGACAUGGUAUUGGGAUGUGAAAGUAUGAUUACCAGCGCCCAGCUACUAUGGUCUGGUCGAGUCAAAGGUCGGAAACUUCCAAGCCAGGUCCAGUGGUUCUGCGCAAUUUCCUUGUUACUCAACCUGGCUAUGCAGGUCGCUGUGGCCGCGCUUGGACUAAUCGUUGCGCCCGAUGUCAACAAACUAGGCUUCGACAAUAGGGAGCUAGGCAACAUCACCAUCACAGACUUUUCAAAAUUGAAAGUCAGUCCAAUUGACCCUAUUUCUGUCUUCCUGCCUCCGAAUAGUUCCCCAAAGGCAUUAGCAAAUGCAUUCGGCCGUGCCGGUGAAUUCUCACUUGAACUGCAGAACGCGACAUAUUUUGAUCAGCAUCCAGAUGGAAACGAGGCCGUAUUCUGGGACUGCAACGAAGUAUUAGAUUUCUGUGCCUCUAGCAUGGUACUCCGAGAUUGCUCUGAACCAGAUAAAGAGAAGGGUGAUCCAGAGAGGUGCGCCGUCACAGCGCGCGGAGUGAUAUCAGCUGCCUUUUGUGAAACCCCUAAGAACUCCAGGUUCUCGACGGAUAACACCUUACUCGUGGAGGAAGAGGAUGGCACCAGCAACUCUCUGAUUUGGAGUGGGCCACAAUCUAGAACCGUAACAACAUGGGCUUCGGAUGAUACCGUGGAGUGUGGUGCGCUUUGCACUGCUGUUUCGGAUCAAAGCGUGGACUGUGACACGCGUUGCACUGUUGUCAAAGCAUUGGUGCCGAUUCUUGAUGACACCUCGGUUGAUGGUUUGUAUCACCUUUACGAGUGUGAAAGCUGGGUGGGUGUAAUCGAACCUCUCGAAAACCUCAAGCAAACAAUACAGAAUGUAAAGAAUACUGAAAAUGCCCAGAUCCCCGAUGAAGUAGCGCGGAUCUUUGCCAGUGGAAUAGCCUGGCAGACACCAGCAUCCAGAUCUGACGACGGAUCCAUGUACGCCCAAUAUCCACAGAGUCCAAGAUUUAGUACAGGAAUUCUUGACAAUUCUAGCCAGUACAUUUCAUACAGCAUCGCGAUUUUCUCAUCAUUCUCAAUUGGGAUCAUGGAUCGACACGGUCCUACAAUCAGAGAAUCCGGCUUCCCUCCAAUGGAUCAACAAAAGCUGAAGGUUGAUUGGAAUUGGGUCAUAUUUGUCUUGAUCGCUCUUCCCGCAACACAGCUGAUAUUAGCAAUAAUCGUCACUCUUUUGUCGUCCAGGGCUGUGAUAAAGGACACCAGCUUCAUUGCUGCAGCACAGUUGCUGAAGCCUGCACUUGACGACCUAGGGUCCAAGGGUUCAAUACUAUCAGGAGACGAGAUAGUGGAUCAUCUCGGCAAGCUUCAGCUUUGCUAUGGGGUGAGGGAUCUUGGAUCUGGAGAAUACUUUGUUGAUGUGAUCAAUCGAUCGGACCUGACUGGCGAUCGGGAUGAUGGUGUCUGGGAACCAGGCAGGAAGAUGCCUGAGGGCCACUAUGACGGGCCAGAGACGUAG